AUGAGCGCGAUUCUUGGCGAGAUCCACCAAAUGAGUGGCCAGCGCUCUGUCUGUGGCCGCCUCUCGUACGUCAACCAGGAGGCUUGGAUCCAACACUCGACGCUCAAGAACAACAUUCUCUUCCACAACGCCUUUGACGCCGACUACUAUGACGCCGUCCUCUCUGCGUGCCAGCUCGGACCCGACCUCGCCAUGCUGCCGAACGGCGACGCGACCGAGAUUGGCGAGCGCGGCAUCAACUUGAGCGGCGGUCAAAAGGCGCGCGUGAGCUUGGCGCGGGGCGUGUACCAUCGCGAUGCCGACAUCUACCUCCUCGACGAUCCGCUGAGCGCGCUCGAUGUGCAUGUGGCCACGGCGGUGUUUCACGACUGCAUUCGCGGCCUUCUUCGAAGCAAGUCGACCGUGCUGGUGCUCAACAGUCACUACCACUUUCUUCCGCUCGCGGACCGAAUCUUGGUCCUCGACGACGGCGCAAUCGUCGGUGACGGCACAUACGAGUCGCUCAAGUCGACGCACGCGCAUUUGAUGACCUUUGCCGCGUCGAAUGACACCGAUACGCCGCUAGAUAAGGCGACUCCAAGCGGCCUUGUUGAGAAGGAAGACCGCGCCAAAGGUGCCGUCUCGGCCGCAACGUACAAGACGUACUUUGGCGCCAGCGGCUACAACGGACUUGUCGUGGCGGCGUCGAUUGCCACGUUCUUUACGGUCUCACAGACGUCGCUGACAAUGACCGACUGGUUCAUGAGCUACUGGGCCAACCAUACGGAGAUGAGAGCUUCCAUCUCGUCCGGGUACAUGUACCUCGGGUGCGCGCUCCUCUCGGUGCUCUUGGUCUACGGCCGGUCGCUACACGUUUUGCUCGUCGGGAUUCAGUGCUCGCAGUCGCUGCAUGCGAUGCUCCUCCGCAAGAUCUUGCGUGCGCCCGUCACCACCUUUUUUGACGUCACGCCCAUUGGUCGCAUUCUCAACCGAUUCUCGAGCGACUUGGACCAAAUCGACUCGCAGUUGCCGUACUUUGGUCUUCUCGUGCUCCAAUUCCUCUUUCAGAUCCUCGUCAUCCUCAUCGUGUGCGCUCUCUCGACGCCGUACAUUCUCAUUGCGUACGUCCCGAUCUUCUUGCUCUUCUUCAAGCUGCAGCAGUACUACAACAAGUCGUCAAGCGAGCUCAAGCGGCUCGAGAGCAUCAGUCGGUCGCCGGUCGUCACACUCGUUGCAGAGGCGCUCAGCGGUCCCUCGACGAUUCGAGCAUUUGGCAAAACCGACCUCUUCCUCACCAAGCAACGUGACGCGAUCGACCACUACAUGGGUCUCUCGUUUCUCUACAACUGUUCGGCGCGCUGGUUCCACAUGCGCCUCGAUUGGCUCAGCGCUGGUAUCCUUGCAGGCGUUGCCUUCAUCUGCGUUGCGACCAAAGCGUCGAUCGGGCUCGCCGCCGCGGGCUUGACGCUCACGUACGCGUCGCAGCUCUCGGGCUUCUUGUCCAAGCUCUCGAAAAUGUAUUCGACCGUGCAAAAUCUCAUGACGUCGGUCGAGCGGCUCAGUCACUACGAGUCGCUCCCAAGCGAAGACGACAACACGGUGACGCUCCUCGGUGCUGUUGACGCGUCAUGGCCCAAAACGGGCAUUCUUUCGUUUGCAAACGUCUCGAUGCGGUACCGCGACCACCUCGACCUCGUCCUCCAAGAUGUGUCGUUCACGGUACCCGAUGGCACCAAGGUGGGUAUCGUCGGCCGCACCGGCGGUGGCAAGAGCUCGCUCGUGGCGUCGCUCUUCCGCAUGGUGUCGCUAACAUCGGGCUCCGUUGUCCUUGACGGCGUCGAUCUUGGUACUGUGCCAGUGACGACGCUCCGGUCGCGGCUGACGAUCAUCCCGCAAGACCCGGUGCUCUUCUCGGGCUCCAUCCGCUUCAACUUGGAUCCGUCGCGUGCUUUGAGCGACGACGAGCUCUGGCGCGUGCUCAAGCAAGUCCACUUGGCCGACGCGAUUGGCUCGCUGGACGAUGAGGUCGCCGAGCGCGGCAGCAACUUUUCUGUUGGCCAGCGCCAGCUGCUCUGCAUCGCCCGCGCUUUGCUCCGGCAGAGCAAGGUCGUCGUCCUCGACGAAGCCACCGCGAACAUUGACCUCGAGUCCGACAAGCGCAUCCAAGCGACGAUCAAGGAGUGUUUUGUGGACGUGACGAUGCUCAUCAUUGCGUAUCGGCUCCACACGAUCGUCGACGCCGAUCGGAUUCUGGUGCUGGACGCUGGCCGCGGCAUCGAGUACGACACACCGACGGCAUUGCUGGCAACGCCGGAUGGUGCGUUUGCAAAGUUGGCCGCGCAGGCGCAGUUGCAGGUCGAGUUAAUUGAUGCGUCGAUGUUUUAGCCAAUUUGUAC